AUGCGCGCGCGCCCGGACCAAGGCGCGCACCCCCGGACCAAGGCGCGCGCCCCCGGACCAAGGCGCGCGCGCCCGGACCAAGGCGUGCGCGCCCGGACCAAGGCGCGCGCGUGCGGACCAAGGCGCGCGCACCCGGACCCAGGCACCGCGCGCCCGGACCAAGGCGCGCGCGCCCGGACCAAGGCGCGCGCGCCUGGACCAAGGCGCGCGCGCCCUGACCAAGGCGCGCGCGCCCGGACCAAGGCGCGCGCGCCCGGACCAAGGCGCGCGCGCGGACCAAGGCUCGCGCGCCCAGACCAAGGCGCGCGCGCCCGGACCAAGGCGCGCGCGCCCGGACCAAGGCGCGCGCGCUCGGACCAAGGCGCGCGCGUGCGGACCAAGGCGCGCUGUGCGGACCAAGGCGCGCGCGCCCGGACCAAGGCGCGCGUGCCCGGACCAAGGCGCGCGCGCCCGGACCAAGGCGCACGCGCCCGGACCAAGGCGCGCGCGCCCGGACCAAGGCGCGCGCGUGCGGACCAAGGCGCGCGCGCGGACCAAGGUGCGCGCCCCCGGACCAAGGCGCGCGCGCCCGGACCAAGGCGCGCGCCCCCGGACCAAGGCGCGCGCCCCCCGGACCAGGGCGCGCGCGCCCGGACCAAGGCGCGCGCGCGCGGACCAAGGCGCGCGCGUGCGGACCAAGGCCGCGCGCGCGGACCAAGGCGCGCGCCCGGACCAAGGCACGCGCGCCUGGACCAAGGCGCGCGCCCCCGGACCAAGGCGCGCGCGUGCGGACCAAGGCGCGCGCGCGGACCAAGGCGCGCGCGCCCGGACCAAGGCGCGCGCCCCCGGACCAAGGCGCGCGCGCGGGACCAAGGCGCGCGCCCGGACCAAGGCGCGCGCGCCCGGACCAAGGCGCGCGCGCCCGGACCAAGGCGCGCGCGCCCGGACCAAGGCGCGCGGCGCGCGGACCAAGGCGCGCGCGCUCGGACCAAGGCGCGCGCGUGCGGACCAAGGCGCGCUGUGCGGACCAAGGCGCGCGCGCCCGGACCAAGGCGCGCGCGCCCGGACCAAGGCGCACGCGCCCGGACCAAGGCGCGCGCGCCCGGACCAAGGCACGCGCGCCCGGACCAAGGCGCGCGCCCCCGGACCAAGGCGCGCGCGCGCGCGUGCCCGGACCAAGGCGCGUGCAUGCGGACCAAGGCGCGCGCGCGGACCAAGGCGCGCGCGCGGACCAAGGCGCGCGCCGGACCAAGGCGCGCGCCCCCGGACCAAGGCGCGCGCCCCUGGACCAAGGCUCGCGCGUGCGGACCAAGGCGCGCGCGCGGACCAAGGCGCGCGCGCGGACCAAGGCGCGCGCCCGGCCCAAGGCGCGCGCGCCCAGACCAAGGCGCGCGCGUGCGGACCAAGGCGCGCGCGCCGGGACCAAGGCGCGCGCGCCCAGAUCAAGGCGCGCGCGCCCGGACCAAGGCGCGCGCGCCCGGACCAAGGCGCGCGCGUGCGAACCAAGGCGCGCGCGCGGACCAAGGUGCGCGCCCCCGGACCAAGGCGCGCUCGUGCGGACCAAGGCGCGCGCGUGCGGACCAAGGCGCGCGCGCGGACCAAGGCGCGCGCCCGGACCAAGGCGCGCGCGCCCGGACCAAGGCGCGCGCGCCCGGACCAAGGCGCGCGCGCCCGGACCAAGGCGCGUGCGCCCGGACCAAGGCGCGCGCGCCCGGACCAAGGCGCGUGCGCCCGGACCAAGGCGCGCGCUCGGACCAAGGCGCGCGCGCGGACCAAGGCGCGGCGCGCGCGCGGACCAAGGCGCGCGCCCCCGGACCAAGGCGCGCGCCCCCGGACCAAUGCGCGCGCGCCCGGACCAAGGCGUGCGCGCCCGGACCAAGGCGCGCGCACCCGGACCCAGGCACGCGCGCCCGGACCAAGGCGCGCGCGCCCGGACCAAGGCGCGCGCCCCUGGACCAAGGCUCGCGCGUGCGGACCAAGGCGCGCGCGCGGACCAAGGCGCGCGCGCGGACCAAGGCGCGCGCCCGGCCCAAGGCGCGCGCGCCCGGACCAAGGCGCGCGCGCCCGGACCAAGGCGCGCGCGCCCGGACCAAGGCGCGCGCGCGGACCAAGGCGCGCGCCCCCGGACCAAGGCGCGCGCGCGCCCGGACCAAGGCGCGCGCCCCCGGACCAAGGCGCGCGCCCCCGGACCAAGGCGCGCGCGCCCGGACCAAGGCGCGCGCGCCCGGACCAAGGCGCGCGCGCCCGGACCAAGGCGCGCGCUCGGACCAAGGCGCGCGCCCGGACCAAGGUGCGCGCCCCCGGACCAAGGCCCGCGCGCCCGGACCAAGGCGCGCGCCCGGACCAAGGUGCGCGCCCCCGGACCAAGGCGCGCGCGCCCGGACCAAGGCCCGCGCGCCCGGACCAAGGCGCGUGCGCCCGGACCAAGGCGCGCGCUCGGACCAAGGCGCGCGCGCGGACCAAGGCGCGGCGCGCGCGCGGACCAAGGCGCGCGCCCCCGGACCAAUGCGCGCGCGCCCGGACCAAGGCGCGCACCCCCGGACCAAGGCGCGCGCGCCCGGUCCAAGGCGUGCGCGCCCGGACCAAGGCGCGCGCGUGCGGACCAAGGCGCGCGCACCCGGACCCAGGCACGCGUGCCCGGACCAAGGCGCGCGCGCCCGGACCAAGGCGCGCGCGCGGACCAAGGCGCGCGCGCCCGGACCAAGGCGCGCGCGCGGACCAAGGCUCGCGCGCCCAGACCAAGGCGCGCGCGCCCGGACCAAGGCGCGCGCGCGGACCAAGGCGCGCGCGCGGACCAAGGCGCGCGCCCCCGGACCAAUGCGCGCGCGCCCGGACCAAGGCGCGCACCCCCGGACCAAGGCGCGCGCGCCCGGACCAAGGCGUGCGCGCCCGGACCAAGGCGCGCGCGUGCGGACCAAGGCGCGCGCACCCGGACCCAGGCACGCGCGCCCGGACCAAGGCGCGCGCGCCCGGACCAAGGCGCGCGCGCGGACCAAGGCGCGCGCGCGGACCAAGGCUCGCGCGCCCAGACCAAGGCGCGCGCGCCCGGUCCAAGGCGCGCGCGCCCGGACCAAGGCGCGCCAGCCCGGACCAAGGCGCGCGCGCCCGGACCAAGGCGCGCGCGCCCGGACCAAGGCGGCGCGCGCCCGGACCAAGGCGCGCGCGCCCGGACCAAGGCGCGCGCGCCCGGACCAAGGCGCGCGCGCCCGGACCAAGGCGCGCGCUCGGACCAAGGCGCGCGCCCGGACCAAGGUGCGCGCCCCCGGACCAAGGCGCGCGCGCCCGGACCAAGGCGCGCGCGCCCGGACCAAGGCGCGCGCGCCCGGACCAAGGCGCGCGCGCCCGGACCAAGGCGCGCGCGCCCGGACCAAGGCGCGCGCUCGGACCAAGGCGCGCGCGCGGACCAAGGCGCGCGCCCCCGGACCAAUGCGCGCGCGCCCGGACCAAGGCGCGCACCCCCGGACCAAGGCGCGCGCCCCCGGACCAAGGCGCGCGCGCCCGGACCAAGGCGUGCGCGCCCGGACCAAGGCGCGCGCGUGCGGACCAAGGCGCGCGCACCCGGACCCAGGCACGCGCGCCCGGACCAAGGCGCGCGCGCCCGGACCAAGGCGCGCGCGCCUGGACCAAGGCGCGCGCGCCCUGACCAAGGCGCGCGCGCCCGGACCAAGGCGCGCGCGCCCGGACCAAGGCGCGCGCGCGGACCAAGGCUCGCGCGCCCAGACCAAGGCGCGCGCCCGGACCAAGGCGCGCGCGCCCGGACCAAGGCGCGCGCGCUCGGACCAAGGCGCGCGCGUGCGGACCAAGGCGCGCUGUGCGGACCAAGGCGCGCGCGCCCGGACCAAGGCGCGCGUGCCCGGACCAAGGCGCGCGCGCCCGGACCAAGGCGCACGCGCCCGGACCAAGGCGCGCGCGCCCGGACCAAGGCGCGCGCGUGCGGACCAAGGCGCGCGCGCGGACCAAGGUGCGCGCCCCCGGACCAAGGCGCGCGCGCCCGGACCAAGGCGCGCGCCCCCGGACCAAGGCGCGCGCCCCCGGACCAGGGCGCGCGCGCCCGGACCAAGGCGCGCGCGCGCGGACCAAGGCGCGCGCGUGCGGACCAAGGCGCGCGCGCGGACCAAGGCGCGCGCCCGGACCAAGGCACGCGCGCCUGGACCAAGGCGCGCGCCCCCGGACCAAGGCGCGCGCGUGCGGACCAAGGCGCGCGCGCGGACCAAGGCGCGCGCGCCCGGACCAAGGCGCGCGCCCCCGGACCAAGGCGCGCGCGCGGACCAAGGCGCGCGCCCGGACCAAGGCGCGCGCGCCCGGACCAAGGCGCGCGCGCCCGGACCAAGGCGCGCGCGCCCGGACCAAGGCGCGCGCGCGCGGACCAAGGCGCGCGCGCUCGGACCAAGGCGCGCGCGUGCGGACCAAGGCGCGCUGUGCGGACCAAGGCGCGCGCGCCCGGACCAAGGCGCGCGCGCCCGGACCAAGGCGCACGCGCCCGGACCAAGGCGCGCGCGCCCGGACCAAGGCACGCGCGCGCCCGGACCAAGGCGCGCGCCCCCGGACCAAGGCGCGCGCGCGCGCGCGCGCCCGGACCAAGGCGCGUGCAUGCGGACCAAGGCGCGCGCGCGGACCAAGGCGCGCGCGCGGACCAAGGCGCGCGCCCGGACCAAGGCGCGCGCCCCCGGACCAAGGCGCGCGCCCCUGGACCAAGGCUCGCGCGUGCGGACCAAGGCGCGCGCGCGGACCAAGGCGCGCGCGCGGACCAAGGCGCGCGCCCGGCCCAAGGCGCGCGCGCCCAGACCAAGGCGCGCGCGUGCGGACCAAGGCGCGCGCGCCGGGACCAAGGCGCGCGCGCCCAGAUCAAGGCGCGCGCGCCCGGACCAAGGCGCGCGCGCCCGGACCAAGGCGCGCGCGUGCGAACCAAGGCGCGCGCGCGGACCAAGGUGCGCGCCCCCGGACCAAGGCGCGCUCGUGCGGACCAAGGCGCGCGCGUGCGGACCAAGGCGCGCGCGCGGACCAAGGCGCGCGCCCGGACCAAGGCGCGCGCGCCCGGACCAAGGCGCGCGCGCCCGGACCAAGGCGCGCGCGCCCGGACCAAGGCGCGUGCGCCCGGACCAAGGCGCGCGCGCCCGGACCAAGGCGCGUGCGCCCGGACCAAGGCGCGCGCUCGGACCAAGGCGCGCGCGCGGACCAAGGCGCGGCGCGCGCGCGGACCAAGGCGCGCGCCCCCGGACCAAGGCGCGCGCCCCCGGACCAAUGCGCGCGCGCCCGGACCAAGGCGUGCGCGCCCGGACCAAGGCGCGCGCACCCGGACCCAGGCACGCGCGCCCGGACCAAGGCGCGCGCGCCCGGACCAAGGCGCGCGCCCCUGGACCAAGGCUCGCGCGUGCGGACCAAGGCGCGCGCGCGGACCAAGGCGCGCGCGCGGACCAAGGCGCGCGCCCGGCCCAAGGCGCGCGCGCCCGGACCAAGGCGCGCGCGUGCGGACCAAGGCGCGCGCGCCGGGACCAAGGCGCGCGCGCCCGGAUCAAGGCGCGCGCGCCCGGACCAAGGCGCGCGCGCCCGGACCAAGGCGCGCGCGUGCGGACCAAGGCGCGCGCGCGGACCAAGGUGCGCGCCCCCGGACCAAGGCGCGCUCGUGCGGACCAAGGCGCGCGCGUGCGGACCAAGGCGCGCGCGCGGACCAAGGCGCGCGCCCGGACCAAGGCGCGCGCGCCCGGACCAAGGCGCGCGCGCCCGGACCAAGGCGCGCGCGCCCGGACCAAGGCGCGCGCGCCCGGACCAAGGCGCGCGCGCCCGGACCAAGGCGCGCGUGCGCGCCCGGACCAAGGCGCGCGCACCCGGACCCAGGCACGCGCGCCCGGACCAAGGCGCGCGCGCCCGGACCAAGGCGCGCGCGCGGACCAAGGCGCGCGCGCCCGGACCAAGGCGCGCGCGCCCGGACCAAGGCGCGCGCGCCCUGACCAAGGCGCGCGCGCCCGGACCAAGGCGCGCGCGCGGACCAAGGCUCGCGCGCCCAGACCAAGGCGCGCGCGCCCGGACCAAGGCGCGCUCGCCCGGACCAAGGCGCGCGCGCCCGGACCAAGGCGCGCGCGCCCGGACCAAGGCGCGCGCGCCCGGACCAAGGCGCGCGCGCCCGGACCAAGGCGCGCGCGCCCGGACCAAGGCGCGCGCUCGGACCAAGGCGCGCGCGCGGACCAAGGCGCGCGCCCCCGGACCAAGGCGCGCGCGCCCGGACCAAGGCGCGCGCCCCCGGACCAAGGCGCGCGCCCCCGGACCAAGGCGCGCGCGCCCGGACCAAGGCGCGCGCGCCCGGACCAAGGCGCGCGCGUGCGGACCAAGGCGCGCGCGCGGACCAAGGCGCGCGCCCGGACCAAGGCGCGCGCGCCUGGACCAAGGAGCGCGCCCCCGGACCAAGGCGUGCGCGUGCGGACCAAGGCGCGCGCGCGGACCAAGGCGCGCGCCCGGACCAAGGCGCGCGCGCCCGGACCAAGGCGCGAGCCCCCGGACCAAGGCGCGCGCGCGGACCAAGGCGCGCGCCCGGACCAAGGCUGCGCGCGCCCGGACCAAGGCGCGCGCGCCCGGACCAAGGCGCGCGCGCCCGGACCAAGGCGCGCGCGCCCGGACCAAGGCGCGCGCGCGCGGACCAAGGCGCGCGCGCCCGGACCAAGGCGCGCGCGUGCGGACCAAGGCGCGCUGUGCGGACCAAGGCGCGCGCGCCCGGACCAAGGCGCGCGCGCCCGGACCAAGGCGCGCGCGCGCGGACCAAGGCGCGAUCUUAAUGCUGCCCAUUUCUCGUCCCCACGUCACUUAAUUACUUUGUUGCCUCGUUCCCUUGUCCCCUCGCCCCCCUCCCCACCAGCUGCAAGCAGCUCUCCCCCACCUGCUGGGCCGUCACACCACACCAUAGACAUUCCCCUCAUUCCAUCGGUCACUUGUGCCCCACCUCGCCUUGUGCCCCACCUCCCCUUGUGCCCCACCUCCCCUUGUGCCCCACCUCCCCUUGUGCCCCACCUCCCCUUGUGCCCCACCUCCCCUUGCGCCCCCCUGCCCCUCAGAU